CCGCUGCGCACUACUCCAUACUACGGCAGCUUCCAGGAAGCUUCUAGAAGGAACCUUUGACCGCGCCGCCGUCGCAGCCACGACCCAUGGCUUCCCGCGAGGAACGCACCGAGACCGAGCACUACGGCGACGGCGACGCGGGGUGUCUGCAGCGCGCGGCGCGGUGCGGCGCAGGCAGUGCGCGGCGUGGGGCGGCGCGUGGCGUUCCUCGUGCUGCGGCAGGGGUCGACCACCGUGCAGUGCGUCGUGGCCGGAGGAGGCGGGGGCGGUGACUCUGGGAUUGCGCGGUUCGCGGCCGGGCUGAGCCGGGAGUCGGUGGUGGACGUCGCCGGCGUCGUGUCACUGCCCCGGGAGCCCGUCCGGGGCAACACCCAGCACGUGUUCGACGUUUUGACUCUCUCGAUUUCCUACUGAACUACUGAUGUUUUUUCUUAAAGGAAACACAGUGAGGGAAGCCCUCACUGCCAGCUUUUAUUAAACAACAAAGGAAACAAAACUACAUGUAGAAACAAGAGAAAAAGGGAGAAAGAAAAGAAGAGAGGGAGGGGAGCACUAUACAAGGGACUGCAGCCAGUCUAAAACCUGAGAUUAAGAGGGAGGUUCAUCCUAUGUGAUUAAACUAAGACAAUAUCCUUAAAUGAUUCUUUCCAUCUGAGGAAGUUAGCCAAUGACCUAUUAAAAAUCAUGGCAUUCCAGAUUUCCUAAUCAGCAAUAAAAAACACUUCCAUGAAGAAUUCAUACUGAAAACGGUUCCUGGCUUCCUGGAUCAUGUGAAAGAAGUUCAGAUCCUGAGUCCAGGAGAGCCCAAUUGCUGUCCAAUAUCUAGUGCUGAAAUCAUAAUUAAAAAACAGGUGAAAGCACACAACUAUAGCCAUUUUCUUCAAUCCUGUUGUUCUGCCUUUUGAGUAGGUUUCUGGAGUUGAGAUGGUCCUUGAAGAGAAGACACAUGAAGACUUUGAGUUUGCAAAGCAUUGGAGCUCCAAAUCCAAAGAAAAGGCGUUGGAGGGGUCAAAUUUUUAAAAGUCAGCUCAUAAAACUUCUUUGUUGAAUAGACUUGAGAGCCCCAGCAAAAGAUCCAGCUGUCAGACUCUGUAUUAUUCUGUUGAAUGCUUUCCAUAUGAACUUGCAACUCCUGUAAUUCCUGGUAAGCUUGAUUUCGUACUGAUGUUCUUGUGCCACCGAUCACGUCUGCUCAUCGCAGGUGAACAGCUCGUGGAGAUCCAAGUGCAGAAGCUCCACUGCAUCAGCAGGGCCGUCCCCGACCUCUCGAUCAGCGUCGAUGAUGCAAGAGACAAAGCUGCAGGGGGGCAGCAGCUUGUUCGACCUGAUCGACACUACAAACAAGCGAUUGGACUACAGAGUGAUCGACCUGCGCACCCCGGCAAACCAGGUCAUUUUCCACGUCGAAAGCGAAAAGUUUACAAGCUGAUCAUGAAACAAACUUGAGGAAAGAUUCUGAUAUCAAAUCCAGUUCCAGAUAAAUCAAAACUAAGGCAAUGCUAAAGCACACCAAACAAUGUAACUUGGCCACCGUUGACCAUUGUCAGACGUCGUGUAGAGAUCUUCAGACAAGUGCUGCGGUCAGAAGGUUUCGUUGGCAUCCACACGCCGAAGCUGAUAUCCGGGUCGAGCGCAAGCGGUGCGGCAGUGUUCAAGCUGGACUGCAAUGGGCAGCCGGCUUGCCUGGCGCAGCCGCCGCAGCUUCACAAGCAGAUGGCAGUGUGCGGUGGGUUCCGGCGUGUGCUCGAGGUUGGCCCCGUGUUCAGAGCAGAAGACUCCAACACUCACCGGCAUCUCUGCGAGUUCACAGGCCUUGAUGUUGAGAUGCCAAUCAAAGAUCAUUACUUCGUGGCCUGCGAUCUUGUCGAUAGGCUGCUUGCUGCUAUAUUUGAUCGUCUGAACAAGAACUGCGCCAAGGAGCUCGAGGCCAUCCAGAGAGUACCUUUCAAACCAUUAAAAUACUUGGAGACAACAUUGCGCAUUGACUACGAUGAAGGCAUCCGAAUGCUGAAGAUGCGUCCUCUCCUAGUCUCCUUUCCUGUCCACUGGAUAUGUACAGCUCUACUUGCAAACUGAUUUCCUACUCCCUGCUAGUCAUUCGUGAAUGACUCAAUU